AACGCGGAAGAAGAAGAAGCAGAGUUGCUUUCAUCGCGGCGCCUCGACGGAGCGGUAUAUUUUCUUCUCUAAUCCAAUAAUUGAAAAAUCAAGAAAAGUAGCAAACAAAUCGAGUUGUGGAGCAAUUUGCUCGCCAAAGUUGUCUUCACUUGUGGGUCCGUGCUGCUCAUGCGGAGAGUGUGCAAGCGGUGAGUUAAACCAAUGGUGUGUGAAAAUUCGUGAAACCACAAAAAUAGGCAAAAUUGUCCUAUUCGUGCAAGAUCAAAAAGUGCGGCGGCGUGCAGGCCAGUCCAUACGUGUGUCCCCGGUCCCCAUCGGCGUGUGUGUGUGUAUAUGAGUUUUCUCCGUUGCCAAAGUAAUGUAAAGUACUCCCGCCUCUAGCCUAGUGCGUGUGUGCAAUCGAUUUAAAGAAACUUCCAGCCCGGUUAAGAAGAUAUACCACAUCUCAAGACACCGAAACGGAUACCGCUCCCGCAAAAUAUGUUUGCGUUGAUGUGAUGGAUUGUGCGUGACGGUGAACUAUUUCAAAUGGUCUCAAACAUGUGCGAAGGAAAGAACGCAAAUAAUUAGCAAAGGACUGAAUACAACGAGAACAGUGAACGUGUCUACAGCGUGCGCGCGCUUUUCUCUGUAUGUGUGCGUGUGUGUGUGCGCGCUAGUUUGUGUUUGCCACCUAGAAGCCGGUUGCUGGUUGGCAGGACACAUCACCGGUACGGAGUUUUGUAUCAUCGUGUAUCCACAAACCAAAUUAAAGGGAGUACGCAAAAGCCGAAACGAACGGGAACAGUAUUCCGAACAAAAACCAAUUGUCUUCCCAAUCUUCCACCAAAAACGAAUGCGCGCGGUAUUACAGCCAGCAAACACGUGGAUCGGAAACGCACUCCCACUCCACCGGGCAGUGACAGCAGCAUCGGCCGCACCAUUAUUGUUGGCAGCAAAGAGGGACGCUACCAACUCUCUUUAUGCGCUGACCCUCGGUGGUUCUGAGAAUGCCAAUGUUGUCACAGUUUCAAAUGAACUUUCGCGCGUUUCUCGUACUGGCGUCGAAGGUAUGGACGUGUAUCUGCUACAUGUUCAAGCGGCAGGUUCGGGCGUUUGUACAGCAUCAACCCGUGAAAUAUCAACAGUUUCCGCUGUCGCCGGUCUCCCGACACCGGCUGAGUAUGGUCCAGCGGAAGACGUUGGUGCUGGACCUGGACGAAACGCUCAUACACUCGCACCACGAUGCGAUGCCGCGCAACAUGGUCAAACCGGGAACGCCCCACGACUUCACGGUCAAGGUGACGAUCGAUCGCCAUCCGGUACGGUUUUUCGUCCACAAGCGGCCCCACGUCGACUACUUCUUGGACAUUGUUUCACAAUGGUACGAUUUGGUCGUGUUUACCGCCAGCAUGGAAAUCUACGGUGCAGCCGUAGCCGAUAAGCUAGACAAUGGACGUAACAUCCUGCGACGACGCUACUACCGACAACACUGUACGCCCGAUUUCGGAUCGUACACCAAAGACCUUUCAGCGAUAUGCAGCGAUCUAAAUAGAAUAUUCAUCAUCGACAACUCACCCGGUGCAUACCGAUGUUUCCCCAACAACGCAAUACCGAUCAAAUCGUGGUUUUCCGAUCCGAUGGAUAUCUGCCUCCUGUCACUGUUGCCACUGCUGGACGCGCUCCGGUUUACGAACGAUGUGAGAUCCGUGCUGUCGCGCAACCUACAUCUUCACCGUUUGUGGUAGCAGAAUUUGAUAAAUUUUUUAUGGUGCGCUGUGAGACUUCUAAAAUCUUACAAAUACGUUUUUAUUUUAUUCUAGAAUUAUGAUUACGUUCUAGUGAAGGGAUUGUUGUGCAUUUUGCUAUGAACGAUGUGAAGUGAAUCGUUGCAGAAGAAAAAAAAAAGCUAGCGCAGGCGAAACCAUCACUCUGGCUGUAAAGCUCUGGCAAACAAAGUCAGGAGUAACAUCUAAAAUAGCUCAAGUGGAAUGUAGCACGUAAACGUUUCGCAUCGUAAACGAAGCAAGUGCUAUGGUUAGCGAAUCGAAAUAGUUGACAUCGAAUGGUGAAAUCGAAAGCUGAAUUAGAAGGAAGUAAAUAUCGGAACUGUUACUACUAUUUGAAGCAGUUGUGAAGGCAGGUAUGAUAUUGAAGCAAUGUAUGAUUCAUACUUCAUAGUUAAUGGCACACUGGUGAUGUAUCCUCGCAAGGAGUGCUAAGGUGGGAACGCCAAAUCUCUUGUUAUUAUUUUAUCUUCACACAACACUAAACGAUGGUCGACUUAUGAUAAUCAUCGAUGCGCAAGCAUUCAAAACCAAUUGAAGGUGUUUUUGUUUGUUUGUUUUUGCGUCUCUUGAAACCGCAUUCUAACGGUUGCGAUAGUUAUGGUUUGCUCGUGUUUGGUUUAUUAUUUCGCAAAACAUUUUCAUUGUAAAAUAGUAGUUUGUAUCAAUCGUUUCUAUAAUCUUACGUACGAGGCUCUCCGUUCACAAUCAAAUAAAAUAUUACGUUACGUUGCGCUUUUGCUGUGAGUAAAAAGAAGUUUUGCCGUUACGCCCGGUAUAAUCGUUUGGCGGGGUGUUGUGCCGGUUUGAAAGGGAUGGCAAAUUGAUACGUAUUAUUGGGGUACAGUUGCAUCGAACUAUCGUUCUAAAGUAUGAUUGAUUUUCUACGAAAAUUAGCAUUAAUUUUUACGGCUUUUACCAACCAACUUUAAUUUAAAGCCACAGAUAUCUAAACAAAUGAUAUCCAAAUGUCAUUUUGUAUGCGAUAUACAAAUCUACAUUUGCUCCAUUGGCACGAAACAAAAAAAAAUGAAGCGUAUCUGCUCGCAGUAGAUACAUCGUUACAGUAACAAACAAGCAAAAAUCGUAUCCAUCACUAGUUUUUAAGAUUUCAAGCGCGAAGAGAAACUCGCAACGAAAUUCAACCUAAUAUCGAUGGCACAAUUUGUGCGCGAGGUCCACCUUGGAGGUCCAUUGGUAUGGACAAUGCAUUGUACUAAAGCUGAGAGGACCCUACGAUGGGAUCGUGGUAUAGUUAGUUUCGUUUUGCUCAAUCACGUUUAGCAAUAUUAUGGGAUAAAUAGUUGACGCAGGCUUUUGUUACUUUUCCCACACAUUUAUUUAGGUUACAAUCGCACGGUAUUACAUUCAAAGACGGUUAUGUUCAUAAACAUUUGUAUAUGGUUCUUUGCUUUUUUUUCUUCAAUAUAAAACACAAAAGAUUCUAAUUUACCCUUUCUAUCAGUUCAGAUAUCGUCUAUUAAACAUUGAUCUAAACGUACGUUUAGUUAAAAACAAAACAAACAUGCAAAAAUAUUAAUUUUUUCUAUUGUUAAAAUUUGUAUGUUUUAUACUUGUUACAUUUUUCAUUUGCUUACGACAACAUACAGCACUAAAACGUUUACAUAAAAGACACUGAAUGAUUGACUUUGUAAAGGAAAACGAUGCCCAAUUACUUACCGCCACAUAAAGAGAACAUGAAUAGAUGGGAGAAAAGCAAAUAUUAUUUACGUUAGUGAACGACACACGGUACAAAUGAAGUAAGCAAAAUAACAAUAUCAUGACGUAAGUUGCUGAUGCUGCGUAAUGAUGAUGCUGCAAAUAUAAGUCUAAUGUAAGCAAUUUAAGUGAAAACAAAAAACUCAAUGCGCAAUCCAAAGAGAACGUGCAGAGAAACUCGCAGAAUAGAAACAUCGGAAUUAUGAGCAUAACAUGAAGAGAAAGAACAUUUCCAUUGUUGCAAUAUCUGCUGUUUGCACGUGUAAAUUUAACACCAGCUCCACCAGCAGAGAGAAAUGCGGAAGAAGUCGGUUUUGAUAAAGCUAUAUUCACGGUGUCAGGAAAUGUGUGUAACAUAAACUUGAACACGGGAAUAGGAUCGAUGGCAUUUUGAAAUAGAAUGUUCUUAAAGCAUACAUGGAGACAUACAUUCAAAUUGAAACCAAGUACACAAACACAUCGUACGAUGUAAAAGUGGUUAAUAAAGAAAUAAAAAAAAAAUGGAAACAAAACCGGACUAAAACUAGCCCAAAUUAAUAAGCGGCUGAAUACUACAAACAGGACAAAGACAAAAUCAACAGCAUAAACAGAAACAAACAGCAGCAUAAAAUGGAGCGUGUGGAAGGAAUUGCACUGGAAAGUACCGGCACAGCUUGAUGAUAAAGCAAAUGUGCAGAGAAAAAGGAACGAACCGUAUUAUAAGUUUAACUUUAUGAAUCGACUUUUGCAACUGUGGUGGUGUUUUGAGAACAGGGUGAAGAAAGAAACAAAUGUAAAUAGUACUUGUUAGCAUGAUAACUGAAUUGUGGAAACGAGAAAAUGCGUAACCCUAUAAGCAUAAAGUUAGCAGAGAGCAAGCAAAAGGCGACAACAAUGCAAACGCAAAGGAGAUUAAAUGGACGGCCAGACAUACACAGCAGAAAGGUUAAUGUACACCCAUUGUGACGAGGAAAUGUAAAAGAAAAGGAAAACGAUAGACCACACUGAAAUGAA